GGGGGUAAGCGGCCUCAGUUGCAGCCGGGUCAGGGGCCCGAGUAUCACUGCAAGCACACCGGCAGCUGCGCAGGCUUAAAGGCGCCCAUCCGUCCAACCACCUGGUGAACCGCCAACCACCGGACGCGCGCCGCCUGCCCUAUAUAACCACGCCGGUCGCAGCUGGGCGUGACAUCUGCAGAAGAACCGUCGGUCAGGGGAUGCGAGUGACAGGCGCGGCCGUGCUGCUGCUGCUGGUGGCUCUGGCGCCGCCCCCGGGGGCGGACGGACGGCGGGGGCGCACGCGGGGGCGGACCAAGUCCCGCGCGCAGAUCGGCCUCCCGGUCACUGGCCAGUACCGCGACGCCGAGACCGACAAGUACUACAACAACAACAACGGCGCCAAGAUCGUGAACUGGUCGCACUUUGACUAUGAGUACACACUGGGCCAGAAGAUCGUCUUCAUGUGCGUCGCCAAGGGCAACCCCAGACCCGCCAUCACCUGGUUCAAGGACGGUACCGAGUUGUACGCGCACUCCUACCUGCAUGUUCACGAGUGGGCAAUCGGCAAGGACCAGAUAAAGUCGAAACUGGAGAUCGAUCCGGCAACGCAGAUGGACGCGGGGGUGUACGAGUGUUCAGCCGACAACAUGUACUCCAUAGACCGGCGGAGCUUCAAGACCGACUUCAGCAUCGCCUUCGACUAGCCACGCGUCCACG